AUGCCGAAGGAGGUGAAUAUGGUAAACGAGAUGAAGCUAUGCUGUGCAAAAGUAUCGUACUAGUAUGAAUUGCAUUACAAACUGGCUCAGCAUUACAAAGGUAAUUUGUAAUGCGGAUUUCCCUUGAUUAUUAGAUUUGUAAUGCAUGACUGCGAUUAGUACGAGUGCGAUACUUUUGCAGUGCAUAGAAGCUCUGGAAAGACAGGGUAGACGGUGAGCUCAACUCCGCAGCCGAGUGGGAAGCGAACUGGGGCUUUUUGAAGGCAGAGAAGAAAGUGGAAGCGCCACCAGAAGGUAUGAUCAUCAUGAUGUUGAUAAGAAGUAGAACCGAAACCGACCUUGUCACGGCCCUGUCUUGGCACCACGACAGCAACUAUGAACAGAAGCAAAUGUAUACCCAAACACUACUAUCAGGUAAAUUUAGUGUCGAAAGACCACCCGCCCCCGCUUCCCCAAAGCCAUCGGUAACGGGCGAAGAUGCGGUGGAGCUGACCGCGAAACUGAGGUAUACCAUCAAUCGCGGAAAAACGCCGAAGGAAAUCCAGGCCAGACCAUUGACAACAUCGCAGGUAUGGACUUAUUCUACAAACGACCCCCUCUGAAUUUCUAUGGUACGGAAACGCAUGUUGUUCCCUUCCGUUUUCGUUCAUGUUAUGGUCAAGCAGGUCAUUCUAUUUCUAUCCCGAAAGGAAUUUCCCGGGCACGACAUGUGUAUUUGACGUUCAUUCGCAUCACCUCUUGAUCCUGAAGCAAAAAAUGAUAAAGAAAGUAGGACGCAAAUCUGUAUCUGCAAUGAAAAAAAUCGCACCAUUGCACAAAAUCAGGAAUUGGGCUGGAGGCCGCCGAUCGAACUGUUUGGGCGGGGCGACAAUGGUGUCAAGCGGGACCCCGGAAUUUGGCCGCAGUAGGGUCUUCCUCUGAGGGGAGCAAGAGAAUGUGUCAAUGAAAAUAAUUCUUCACAACAAUAAAAUCAAGGCCUUCACCGCCACGGUUUCUUCAACUACAACACUGUUUGUUACAAAGCGAGACUCACUAAAAACAUCUGUCAACUGUCACCAAGGUUCAAUAUUACACGAAAUACGUCAACACUUAAAGUUCACUGUUACACUACACUCAGAAAUGUCACGGCAGAUCUUCUGAUGACAGGAAAAAAUGCGUUGCGAAAGAUUGAGGUUGAAUGUCAAAUAGCCGGUCCUUGAUGGACUUUUGUUAAUGUUUGGGAAAAUGUAUGCAAUGUCGAUGUUGAGCUUGCGGAACAGAAGCACUUGUUAAAAAAAAAGUACCAUCACCAGACGCUUUUUGCAAUUCCAAUUUGGUCGUCCCAUGAUCCUGGCGUUCCAUUUUUUACCUCGGCAUC